CGCCUCCUCACCGGCCUGGCCUGCGGCGUUGCCUCGCUAGUGGCCCCGGUCUACAUCUCCGAGAUUGCCUACCCUGAAGUGCGGGGGCUGCUGGGCUCCUGUGUGCAGUUGAUGGUUGUCACGGGCAUCCUCCUGGCCUAUCUGGCAGGCUGGAUCCUGGAGUGGCGCUGGCUGGCCGUGCUGGGCUGUGUGCCCCCCUCCUUCAUGCUGUUGCUCAUGUGCCACAAGCGCCAGGAAGCCCUGGCUGCCGUGCGGUUCCUGUGGGGCUCUGAGCAGGGCUGGGAAGAGCCCCCUGUCGGGGCUGAGCACCAGGGCUUCCAGCUGGCCCAGCUGAGGCGGCCCGGCAUCUACAAGCCCUUCGCCAUCGGCAUCUUACUCAUGGUGUUCCAGCAGCUGUCGGGGAUCAACGCUGUCAUGUUCUACGCAGAGACUAUCUUCGAGGAGGCCAAGUUCAAGAACAGCAGCCUGGCCUCCGUCAUCGUGGGCGUCAUCCAGGUGCUGUUCACGGCCGGGGCGGCCCUGGUCAUGGACAGAGCCGGGCGGCGGCUGCUCCUGGCCUUGUCAGGUGUGGUCAUGGUGUUCAGCACCAGUGCCUUUGGCACCUACUUCAGGCUGACGCAGGGUAGCCCCAGCAACUCCUCACACGCCGACCUGCUGGCGCCCGUCUCCGUGGAGCCCGCCGACCCCAGUGUAGGGCUGGCCUGGUUGGCGGUGGGCAGCAUGUGCCUCUUCAUUGCUGGCUUCGCUGUGGGCUGGGGGCCCAUCCCCUGGCUCCUCAUGUCAGAGAUCUUCCCUCUGCACGUCAAGGGUGUGGCCACCGGAGUCUGUGUCCUCACCAACUGGCUCAUGGCCUUUCUGGUGACAAAAGAGUUCAGCAGCCUCAUGGAGGUGCUCAGGCCCUACGGUGCUUUCUGGCUCGCCUCUGCCUUCUGCGUCGGCAGUGUCCUUUUCACUGUGUUCUGUGUCCCUGAAACCAAAGGAAAGACUUUGGAGCAAAUCACAGCCCAUUUUGAGGGGCGAUGACAGUCCCUUCCCAGGAGUGGCUGCCCUCCUAGCUGGGACAGUUUGGGUUUCGGAGGGGACAGAAGCCUGCCUGUGACUUCGAGCUGGGCCUCAGCCAGAGCCCAGAGCCCCUGCCAGCCCCCAGGGAGCCAGGAUCCAGGACCUCGUCCUCCAGGUCCCUCCCUCCUGCUCAGCUCCCUCCAGCCCCACGAGUCAUGGGCGUGAGGUUCCCAGUCCCUGGGUCCAGUUCCCACCGUUGCUCUGAGACUGAGGAGGAGGGGACAUCUCGGGGGGUCUUCAGUGCCCUGUGGCAGGCCUCCAUGUGCCCUCCCUGUCAUGAUACGAAGCGACAGUGGAGGAGGGGACUCUUGGUUCCUCACUUUCUGGAGGAGGUGCUUUUGGUGGCUGGGUGGUGGCCCAUGGUCUCCUCACAGGAAUGCAUUUGUUGCCAAAUAAAGACUUGAGUCAAAGUCAGGUCCCGGCCUCUCUGUGAGCUGCAGUUGAGGAGGGCAGUUUCCUGUCUGAGAACCUUUGUGGGUUUACUUCCCAUCCCAUAAUCCGCUGUACUCACUUCCCUGGUGUGCAGCCCCUGUGUGCACCCACCUGGGCACCAUCUAUUAAGCUGUAACGAGGCUGAGAGCUGGGCAUUGGUUCAGGGCACAGUGGUGGGGAGAACAGGACGGGACCCCAGGGUUGGUUUCUGGAGAUCCUGCAGCAGCCCUCUGAUGGCAGUAAAAUGGGCCAAGUACCGCGGGAAAGCUCUCAGCUUUAGCAAAGUCCAAAUUCCUGGGGCCUUCCAGAAGCAAGGUCAUGUCCAAGUGUAGGCUCAUCUUCUGUGUGGACAACUGCACAUCUACACUGUUAGUGCUGCAUGUGGCCACUGGCUGGGCCGAGAACCGCACUGUCGUGUCAGCGAGUGUCCUGCAAAUGCCAGCUUGUUUAGCGUGAGAUCAGGUCUCCGGCAUCCUGACCGGUUUUCUGUCCGCUUGUUGCACGCGUGGCCAGUUCUCCUGCAGCUCUCCUGGGGUUGCUUCAAGCUAUUGUUUGUCCUGCACCCCAGAAGGUAAUACGCUGGCUGUGUCUGACGGGCCUAUUCCCUACCGUCUCAGAAUCUGUUCUCAGUGAGUCAGCACCAAAGACAACUCAGUCUACCAGACCACCCACUCUCAGCCACCUCACAGAAGACAGGUCUUUGCACUGGAAACUUCUUCACGUGGAACUUCCAGCAGAGGCUGCUUCCAGCUCCUGCUUGGCCAUCCCCAGCCUCUGCACAUGGGGAUUGGCAAAGGACCAGAGGGCAGGCAGGGGAUGGCUCACACACCUCCCUCCCCCAGGCUGCAAGGGAGAUGGUUAAACUUGUGGGCAAGAAAACCUCCUGUGGCUUCAUUCCUACUGUGGUGUCUUUCCUCGUUAAUCCAGGGGCCAGGAGCCAUGGCAGCGUGGUAAGAGAUGGUGGACUUGGUUCCAGUUCUAGUUGCACUACUCACUAUGUGACCUGGACAAGUCACAACCUCUCCAGGUCUCAGUUUAUUCAUCUGUAAAAUGGGCAUAAUGAUGCUGUCUCCCUCAUAGGAUUGUUGUGAGGAUGAAAGGAAAAAAUUAUGUUAAGCACUUAGAACUGAGGAUGUCAUAGAAUAAGUUUGUUGCUGUUAGCUGGUGGUGGUGAUGAGGCUGUGGUGAUGUCCAAGCUGGUGUGAUGUCCAAGGUGUGUCUCUGAAAGAGACAUGUGAAAUAUUUCCACAUUUUUCUCUUUAUAGUCUAUUUCCUACCCAGGUCCCUCAGCAACUCCUACCCAUACCACCUUCUGAUUGCUACCAGUACCCACUUAUAGGUACCAAGGACGGUGGACACACGUGCUCUUCAGAGGUCCCCUGAGACUGCCUUGGGGCCUUCCCCUCGGGGCACAAGAUGGGAAGAACCAGCCCCAGCUGGCAGUCCAGUAUCAGCCCAGCCCAGCCCUGUCAGACACAGACCGUAGGGAAGAGGAGCAGGAUAAAGCAUUGCCACAGGACAGGUCCAGCAGAAGCUGUGCUCUACCCAGCCCACAUAAGACAGGUCUCUGUACUGGAUAACGGUAGAAAUCUGCACUGCCUACCAAGAGUCACUCCAUCUCCAUCUCCAUCUCAUCCCGCUCCCCAUCCCCUCACCCCAACUCUUCCAGAAGAAUGUUGGUUUCUGGGAACCUAAGACAAGGCUUCUUGGGUCCUAACGCCGCCCAGUGGCCACAUGCGGAAUCGCAUCAAUUGAAGCCUGAAGCACUCUGCUUCCUCCCAGGGGCCAUGGGUAAGAAACCCUCUGCUACCACCUAGUGGCCAGUGUGGGGUUAGCACCUGUUGGACCUGUGGCUGCAGGCAGAACCGCACCAACUGGAAGGAGUCAAAAAUCAAGGAGUGUCGGCAGCCCUGGAAGCUGGAAGAGGCAAGGAAACAGAUUCUCCCCUAGAGCCUCUGGAAGGCAUGCAACCCUGCCAACACCUUGAUUUUACCCCAGUGAUACCCAUCUCAGACUUCUGACCUCCCAAAUCGUAAGCCCCAAAUUCAGAAGCCAAAAGUGGAAAUGGGCUUAUCUCAAAGGGAUCUGUGAGCGUGACUUACCUAAUGGAGUUAAUCCAGUAAAACUCAUAUAGGACUCACUAAGUUAAGAGGGUUAUAUUGGCAAAAGCGUUACCAGCUGUGGCUGAAAGGGGCCGAGACCGCACAACGUGAGAAGAGGCCUUAGGACCCCUACACUCAUUUCCGCUUCCCAGGUAACGCAUUCCCGUCUUAUUGUCAAAAUGCCUAUAAAAUUGAAUUGGGUUAUCGGAAAAUUGCUUGGGUGGUGAAGAAUUUUCAUCAGUGCUCUGAGGAGGUCCAUUGAAAUAUCCCCUGAUAUGGAGCAGGGAAUCCUCCAACAGACAGAAAGUUCAGGAAUCUCCUUUUGCAACAGUGCUGAUCAAACACUACCAAAGUGUGUUUCUGCCCCUGAAAUUACUGAAGCGGUUCCCUCCUGCCGAUUGAUUUUAUGCUUUGAGAAUGCCAGGCCACCAACCGGUGGCAGCUCUGUUCACACUGAGAGGCUCAAGAGGAGUGUGAAGGUGUCGAGCUGGGCCUGAGUUGAAGGUCCGGGAAGGAGAAAACCUUCUUCACCUGCUGCUCUGGGAACGUGACCAACUGAAAAAUCGGGAGCCCAGAACCAGUGUAGAGCUGUUGACUGCGCUAAAACUACAACUCCCAUGAUCCUUAGCGCCAAGUCGCUUCCUGUCUCAGAGGCUCCAGGCGUUGGAUUGCGGUGGACCCGAGGAGCAUGUGCGACAUAGCAUGAUGGGAAAUAGAUUCUGGGAGCAAGAACUCGCGGAAGCCUCUCUAGGAUUCACGAUCCAGGAGGGUGUGCGGACCACAAAGCUGGCACCGAGAAUACAGGCUUUGACUAGGAAGAGAGCGCGGAGAUUUCUAGGGAAUAGAAGCUAGAGGGGCUGGAAGGCAAGUGCGCAUGACCGGAAGUGAUGCUGUUUUCGCGCGUCCUCUUUGGCGCGAGAAGAGGACGUGAUAUUUGGCAGGACCUGGAGCCGGUUCGUCAGUUAGAGCUGUACUCGGUUCCCUGCCUGCGGUAUUUUCCCACGGUGUUUUGUUUGAGACUGAGUCGUUGGCUGCGGAGCUGUGGCUGGGAGACGGUGAAAGACCCGGCUGGACAGCCCCCACCCGAGCUCCCGGAGCCCAGCACCGCAGGCUCAGACCCGGCCUCGGGGAAGGCGGGAGAGAGGAAUCCGCGGGCAGAGCAGGCCUGCAGAGCGGGGCUGGCGCUGCAGUGCAGCGACGCUGGCGCCCGGAGAAUUGCUGGGAGGCGGUGUCGCGUGGUGAUACCCGAAUGCUGGAGAAAGAAUCAUGAUCUCCAGACCCUAACCUUUCCCAAGAGGAAAGCACAGGAGAGGAAGGAAUGGGAAUGGUGACUCGUCUCCUCACAGCAGGGCCACAUGGAGCCACGCCCUUCAGCAAUGUGACUGCAGCUUUUCCUCAGAGUGGAGGCACUUGGUCCGAGCUCCAAGGGAAGGGUUUGAGGAGAUACCAGAAAAGUCCAGGAACCUGGUCCUACUGGGACUUCCAGUUUCCCAGCCUGGUAUGAACUUCCAGUUAGAACAAUGGAAAAGCCCAUGGAUGCUGGAGGGAGAAGGCCUAAGGAGUACCUGUCCAGCUCCAGGUGCAACACAGCUUACCCGAGGUUCCCCGCAGCCUGCUUCAGCCCCCGGCUGCCCUUCCAGGGUGGUCCUGGCGCGGCUCACACCUGCUCCAACAGCAGCUCUGGGCUCUGAAGUGGCUUCACCUCUGGACUCCUCACAGCCUGACUCCACUCACACGUCUGCCAGGAUGGGCCCAGCACAGCUUGCCCUGGGACUUGGGGCUCACACCCGCCACAACUAACGCUCCAGGCCCCACUGUGACUUCCCCUGGACUCCGCAGCCUGAGCCCCUCCAACUGGCCUGUCAAGGCAUGUCAGAGCACCCUUCCUCAGGACGCCUGCAGCUCCUACACAGGCCACUCCAGAAGACUGGAAGACUGUGUCUGAAUCACCUCCAGAGCAAGACUUUUCUGAAGAAUCAUUCCAAAACACAAGGGCAGAGAUACCUCCUGGGGAAUCAGAUCAUAGGAGCUGUGGACAGGGGAAGAGCUUUAAUCUGUGACCAGUCCUUUCUCCAC